AUGACCUCCCGAACACAAACCGCCAGCAAGAGCCACAGAUACACCAUUCCGAAGGGCAGCUGGACGUGCUGCAAAUGUCUGACACCAAACUCAGGGAUUCACCACGUUUGUGACGGUAUCGUCCCCUAUCAAGGUAUCUACGAUGAGAUCUGCAGCCACUGGCAUUGUUCAAGCUGUGCCCGUCUCAGCGAGGACUCCAACUUCGCCAAACAAAACCAUACAUCAUCUUCACCCCAACCUUCCUACCCCUUCUCCUCUCACCCCUACCCCCCGCCUCGCUCAGCUAUACCAUCCGAUCCAUACAGCUACUACCCCCACGCACAACAUUCCUCUCCAACCAACCCCUACUCAUCCCCCUAUCAUCAUCAUCAACCCCACUUCCCUCCUCGGUCCUCAUCAACCUUCUCCUAUACAAAGGCCUACCUCCAAUCCGCAGCCGCCGCAGCCCGUCGGGCGCACCCCCACACAACCACGACAUUUGCUGAGGCCUUCCCGGCACCAACCAAGCUCGACACUAGCCUCGAUGCCGAGCAGCGCGAUCAUAUGGCGUGGGCGGGGCUGAAGCUGGAUUAUUCGGCUAUUGGCAAGAAGGAGAGGAAAAAGGGGAGUAAAACCAAGGGGAAGGAGAGAGAAAAUGGGGCGAGAAAAAGAGGCAGGGAAUCAGAAAGCGAGGAUGUUGGACAUGGGAGGAGGGUUCGCGGUAGAGAAGAUGAUGUCGGUCGCGAUGUGGAAAAGAAUGGCAACGGGGUGAUAGGGAAGAGUGAAAGAAAUUUUAGCGGGUACAGAGCGAUGCGGUUUGGGGAAUGCGAUAAUUUGGGCUCAAGCGAUGUGAGGGUCAACGGAUAUUCUGCUGGGUAUUUUCCUGCUUUUGUGGAGGACGCUGAUGAAGGAUAUGAAGGAGAUAAUGGCAUGGACGAAUUGUGGUGA